UGGGGUCUCAGCAAGUAACACGUUUUCUGUUGUUUUGCGACAUGGAGUUAAAUGUUAAGCGAAAAUGAUUUUAGUUUGGCUUUAACACUGCUCGGACUAAAGGUAAAAGUUAGUCACCCUGGGUGCCGUGGAGUGAAUCCUGAGAGAUUGAAACUGUGCAGUAUCCGUCCGCAGGGAUCAAACGAGAGCAGAAUCAAAAGAGCGCGGCUGAUAUGGGUUCUGCAACAUGUGACAAGAGAUUAGUGGCCCUCAUCCUCCUGCAAGCAUCCUCCCUCCUGCUGUUGAGCUCUGGGGAAAGGAUGUGCCCCAAUAGCUGCCACUGCGAGGGCAAGAUUGUCCAUUGUGGGUCAGCUGGCUUCCAGAACGUCCCAGAAAAUAUUUCAAUUAGUUGUCAAGGCCUGUCCCUUCGCUACAAUGACCUGCACACAAUGCUCCCCUACCAGUUUGCUCAUCUUAACCAGCUACUUUGGCUUUACCUGGACCACAAUCAAAUUACAUUAGUGGAUAGUCGUGCUUUUCAGGGUGUAAGACGAUUAAAGGAACUGAUAUUGAGCUCUAAUAGGAUUUCGCAGCUCCAUAAUGUCACUUUUCAUGGAGUACCUAACAUUCGCAGUCUCGACCUCUCCUAUAACAAAUUGCAGGAGCUGCAGCCAGGCCAGUUCUAUGGUCUUCGAAAAAUGCAGAACCUGCACUUGCGCUCCAAUGGGCUCACUACAAUCCCUGUCCGGGUCUUUCUGGAGUGCAGGAGCUUGGAAUUCCUUGACUUGGGCUACAAUCGACUUCGCGUUCUCACUCGCACAGCAUUCCUGGGGUUAUCUCGACUCAUGGAACUCCAUCUGGAGCACAAUCAGUUUUCACGAAUCAAUUUCUUUCUCUUUCCUCGUCUUGCUAACCUUCGUGCUCUAUAUCUACAGUGGAACCAUAUUCGAGCUGUUAACCAAGGCCUUCCUUGGAGCUGGUAUACCUUGCAGAAGCUUGAUAUCUCUGGCAAUGUGAUACAGACACUAGAUCCUGUUGUAUUUCAAUGCCUUCCCAAUCUUCAGGUUCUCAACUUAGAGUCCAACAAACUUGCAAAUGUUUCUCAGGAAGUUGUGGCUGCCUGGAUCUCCCUAACUACCAUUAGCCUUGCAGGUAAUAUGUGGGACUGUGGGCCAGGAAUUUGUCCUCUUGUUGUUUGGCUCAAGGAUUUCAGAGGUAGUAAGGACACUAGUAUAAUCUGCACCAGUCCCAAGCAUCUUCAAGGGGAGAAAGUUAUGGAGGCCACCAAGAAUUUUAUUGACUGUGAUGAUUAUGAGAUCACUGCUCAAUCACCUUUGUAUCUGCAGACCUUUGAUCCAAGUUUUGAUCUUACUCCUGAACCAACUGUACCUACAAUGGCUCCAACAACACCUCCUCCACCCUUGCCUUCACCUGCUUCCGAGGCACCCAUUCCUCCUCCCCAACCUGUACCACCUCAACAUCCCACCUUUCCCAGUCAUAAAGAUAAAGACCCCAGAGACUCCCAUCAAGGGACUCCCUCAUCUUCCAAUAGAUUAUUAGUGACAACUUCUCCUGAGCAGGGCAGCAUGUCUUUUCAUAAGGUAGUAAUGGGUGGGGUUGCACUGUUCCUCUCAGUGUCUUUAGUCCUAUCAGUGAUUUAUGUCUCCUGGAAGCGAUACCCUGGUGCCACCCGACUGUUGCAGCCAAGUUCAGUUGUGGGUCGAAAGCGCAGGAAAAAAAGUCAGGAGCCAGAGCAGAACCUGAGCUCUCAGCUUCAGGAAUAUUACAUGAGCUACAACCCUGCAGCCACGCCAGAAGCCUUGGAGGUGUUGGGCAAUGGGACAGGUACCUGCACCUGCACGAUAUCCGGCUCCAGGGAAUGUGAGAAUGCAUAUACCUGUCCCAGACCGUUACCUGGUGGUUGGAUUGGAGACCUGCCCACUAUACACUGAAGGGAAUGUUUUGUUCAACACAAAAUAAUCACCAGGCAGAGGAUUUGUGCCUAUCUCCAUUUCAUCAGUCGCAUCAACCUUCGUUCCCAUGAUACCACUCAUGCUGUCAGUGCUUCUUUAAUGGAUUGUUCUGGAUAUCUCUGUAAAUGGACAUCUGAGAGAUAGCUGCUGCUGCCUCAGAUGCAUAUUUUACAAUAAUGCUUUUUCAUGUGGAAGUGUCACUUUGUUCUAAAAUGCACCUGGUGGGUGUCCAAACAGGUGGAUCUAGUUUAUUUGGAAUUUGACUAAGCCUCUGGGUGGGCCAUACAUAGCAGGGUCAUAGGGCUCAAAUAAAGAUCCAUGGGAAAGCCAGGAACACACCAAUGAAAGCUAUUCAACCUUUGAUAAUAUACCAAGCGUCAAAAUGACUUGAACUAUAUUUAAAUCCACUCGAACUGUAUGUGGUACGAUACACUAACUAUAAAUGUGAUGGAACCUCAGUCUUUGUUAAUUUACCCUUAAAUUUAAAGACCUUAUCAUUUGUUAUUUAAUGUAAAUCCUCAGAAAAUGUGUGUAUCGGAAUACCUAAUAAUAAAAAUUACUUUGAGUUAUGACCCGUCUUUGCUGCCUAAUACUAGAUUUGUCCAUAAAGGUUCAUGAAAACUUUUCUAUACAGUUUUAAUUGAGGAGAGCCCCAAGUUUACAUGCCCUUCAUAACAGAUGCUGUUAUGCAGACUAAUUUAGACAUGGCCUAUGAACUCUUUGACUAUGCCAACAUUGACUGUUCUAACACUGUUUGAGUGUACAUAUUGCCAUUGUAUUGGAGAGUGUGUAAACAUUGGGAUGUAUGAAAGAAGUGUGUAAUUUUAAAAUCAUAUCCCAAAUUAAUGUGCAGAGACAAGAAAUCCAUUAAUAGGUUGACUUUGCCAAAGAGUGUAAACAUUUUAAUAUUGUGGUGUUUUCAAUUUUACUAUUUGUUAAUACAGUCUGACAUGUCAACUAAUGGCUCACCUUAUGGCUUGAGUUUGGGAUGGGUCUACCUUUUUGUCUGAAACCAGGGGUCAGUUUUGGUUGGGUUAGCCCCUGCUGGUAGAUAACUACAUAUAUUUAGUAAUAAUUGUUUUGUUUUGUUUGUGUGUCAGCUAUUGACCUGUUCGUGUUCCAUCUGCCCCCAAUGUCACUUUAAAGUACAAAUGUUCUGUAAUUUAUAUCUAGGCUCCCCCCUUUAAUUUAAUAAUUACAUUUUGUAACAAACUGUUUAUAUUGUACCCACCAAGUUCUGUUUUAUAAUGAGAAUGUUGUCAAAAUCAAUGGUGAGAAAUAUACAUUUGUCAAAUGGAAAUGAGUAUUGAUCAACUUGUUCAAUUUUUCUAUGGAUAUAUGAUUACACUUUACUCAAUAAUAUGGAUUUUCCAGCAAAAAAAAAGACAUUUUUCACGACAA